UUCUGAUUUACAAUCUAGCAGGAGCAGAGUGACGAUCAGCAUGUGCCUUUGGGACUUCAACAACACAGAGAAGAACGAGACAAGUGGAGACCCACUAAAGUGUUCACAGAGCUAAAGGAAAAAAAGCACGACUCUUCUCUUUUAAUACAUUUCUCUUGUGAGGACGACUGAAAACAUGAAAGCUCCACUUAAAUGACCAUCGCUGCACAUACAGGACAGCUGCCACAGCAGGACACGUAGAUGGAAAGGACUUUGGAUGGUAUAUCAAGGAGCUGCUGUAUACCUACCUUUUUUCAUGACAUAACGAACACUAACUGUGAGUAAAGACAACCUUUUCACUGUGUAAGUGUAAGUGUACACUCUGGUUUAAAGAUGGAUAACAGUACGGACUGCAACAAGAGUGACGACUUCAAGUAUAUACUCUACGCCUCGGUUUUCUCCAUGGUGUUUGUAGUCGGACUUGCCUUCAACGCGGUGGCUGUGUACAUUUUUGGCUGUACGCUGAAGAUACGGAACGAGACCACGACAUAUAUGAUGAACCUCGUGGUUUCGGACUCUCUCUUUGUCCUCAGCCUACCUUUUCGGAUUGUGUACUUCAUCAGACGUGACUGGCUCUUUGGAAGUGCGCUCUGUAAAAUCUCCGUGGCCCUAUUCUACACCAACAUGUACGGCAGCAUCCUCUUCCUCACCUGCAUCAGUGUCGAUCGUUUUCUGGCAAUUGUGUAUCCAUUUCGGUCCCAAACAAUUCGUACGAGGAAAAAUGCCAAGCUGGCUUGCCUUACAGUUUGGGUGAUCAUUCUCUCUGGAGGUAUAACCACUGGGGUCUUUUUGGACACCACUUCACCGAACAAUACUAACUCGGACUCGGUAAACUCAACGCCACAAUUUUGCUUUGAAAACUACUCAAAAAAACAAUGGAAGGCUGAGCUUUCGUGGGUGGUGAUGUUUAUUGAGACUGCGGGCUUCCUUAUCCCACUGAUGUUAAAUGUGUUCUGCUCCGUCAUGGUGCUAAGGACACUGAGGAACCCCAAAACCAUCAGCCGCGGAGGAAACCUCAACAAAGCAAAAAUCCUGAGGAUGGUCUUUGUGCAUUUGCUCAUCUUCUGCUUCUGUUUCAUUCCCUACAAUGUGAAUCUCAUCUUCUACACCUUGGUCCGCUCCAAAAUCCUAAAGGGAUGCUUUGCAGAACAUGUUGUAAGAACCAUCUACCCCAUCGCUCUGUGCAUAGCGGUGACCAACUGCUGCUUUGAUCCAGUUGUCUACUACUUCACUUCAGAGGCCAUUCAAAGCUCCAUUAAACGAAAGUCUUCAGCAUGGAAAAAUGGUGCCAGGCUAUUCGAAAGACUACAGAUGGACAGCUCGCAAAGCAGCCCAAGUUUAACGCCCAAGAGUUUGACGCUGAAGAGUCUGAGACCCAAAAUAUUUGACAAUGAGUCCACGGUGUAAAGACAGCUUGGUAAUGUGAGCUACAAAUUUGACUUAAGCGAGUAUGGCUGACAAAACUUGAUUCAAAUCAGAGGACAUGGGUGAAAACAGAGUGCCUUGGGAAAACAACAUAAACAAAAUGGUUACUAGGGAGUCCGGCUCACCUAUUGGACACAGCAGAGACUUUAGACCGGAAGAUAAUGAUUCAGUCAACAACAGGCACUAACACAAAGCAUUUUAAAAUAGGUGUGUAGGCUUUUGCACAAAAAAGAA